AUGGUUCGCAACAUUCUUCCCAACCGACUAAAGUCUUUCACCCAGAGCAGCAGCAACAGCAACAGUCGAAGCACGAGUCCGAAUCCCAGCAUGAAGAGAGCAAACACCAACGAGUUGAAUGCGGAAGCCUCAAAGGUCAAUGGUUUGUGUUUGAAGGUCGUGGCAAUCAGGGGUAGAAAUCUGGCUGCAAAGGACAAAAGUGGUACCUCUGACCCAUACUUGGUCGUCACCCUUGGCGAUGCCAAAAACGCUACGCAACCAGUCCUCAAGACGCUGAACCCGGAAUGGCAGACCUCACUCCAGUUCCCAGUCACCGGUGUCAACAGUCUCCUACUCGAUUGCGUUGCCUGGGAUAAGGAUCGUUUUGGAAAGGACUAUUUGGGCGAAUUCGACCUGUCACUUGAGGAUAUCUUCUGCAACGGACACACUGAAGUAGAGCCAAAAUGGUACCCGCUGAAGAGCAAACGACCUGGUGGAAAGAAGGAUAGCAAUGUUACCGGGGAUAUCCAAUUACAAUUCUCACUUUUCGAUCCCCUAGAGUUGGCUGCCUCGCCCGCUCAGGUAAUGGAGAAAUUCCGAUCAUUGACUGGAGCCGACAUUCCAGAGACCAAUACACCGACAAGACAGCCAAGUAAUGGAGAAGAGGACGGCGACGAAUAUUUCGACGAGGAUGAAGAGCCAAGCGAUGAAACGGAUGAUCCAUCAAAGCCAGAGAAUAUUGAAAAGAGACGACGAAAAUUGAGAUUGAAGGGUCUACGAAAAAAGAAGCAAGCCACGGCAUACGAGUUCAACAGCGAGAGUGAAGUUGUGGGAAUUGUGUUCCUCGAGAUUGGAAAAAUUACAGACCUUCCACCAGAACGAAACAUGACCCGAACCUCCUUUGAUAUGGAUCCGUUUGUUGUUGCCUCUCUUGGAAAGAAGACCUAUCGAACCCGAGUUAUCCGGCAUAAUCUCAAUCCAGUCUUCAACGAGAAGAUGAUAUUCCAGGUUCUCAAGCACGAGCAACAAUACUCCAUGUCCUUUACCGUUAUUGAUCGCGACAAGCUUUCAGGAAAUGAUUUCGUGGCCUCGACCGUGAUCCCGUUGACAGAUAUCACUGAGACGGCUCCAAGUGCAAACUCCGAAACGGGUCUCUAUUCACUAAAAGAGCCGGCAGAAUUGGGAGAAAUGCCUCAAAAGAAUAGGUCGAGGUUUAAGCUACCAAUGUCGCGAUCGGCCUCGUCACAGAGUUUGCACAAGCAAAGUCGCCCUGCCUUGGUCACCCACAGAUCGAGUAGCAAUGCACACAGCCCAAGCGGCUCAGGGACCAGUACACCUACCUUGGCCCCAGGUCCAACAUCAAACCCUGGUGGACUUCAGGCCGGUGAUGUCCUUCCACCUCCGAAUGCAGUAGAUGAUGAGGAAGGGUUCAAUUCGAAUGGAGACCCCGACUUACAUUCGUUUACCAUCCCGCUGAAACUCAAGAACGGCGAGAAGUGGGAAGCUAAGCACAAUCCAGUGAUGGAAAUCAAAGCUAAAUACGUACCAUACCCAGCACUUCGUCAACAAUUCUGGAGGUCGAUGCUUAAGCAGUACGAUACUGAUGAAAGCGGCCGUAUCAGCAAGGUUGAAUUGACGACUAUGCUGGAUACCUUGGGAUCUACUCUCAAGGAAUCUACAAUCAAUGGAUUCUUCAAGCGCUUCGGAAAGAAUGCCGACAAUGGUGAUGAUGCCAAUAGUGAAUUGACCUUUGAUCAGGCAGUCAUAUGCUUAGAAGAUCAACUCAUGCAAAAGUCGAAACCUCAAUCAAUGGGUGACAAAAUAAAGAGUCAUAUCCCACAACAACUCGGAGGGACUUCAAGCUCCUUACAGCCUUCGACGGGUACAGCAACUAGCUCAGGCUCAACAAGUCAAACUCCAACAUUGAUUGAUCAGCCGCUACCCACUGAGGCGCAGACUGUUGACGACCUUAACACCCCUGGCGAAGAAGGUGAAUUCUUGGAAGUUAAUGACCUGAAUGACAAAGGUGAAGAGCAUGUCGUUGAAAUCAGAGAAUGUCCAAUUUGCCAUCAACCUAGACUCAAUAAGAGAUCUGAUACCGACAUCAUCACCCAUAUCGCCACAUGCGCAAGUCAGGAUUGGCGGCAGGUCAAUACUAUUGUUAUGGCUGGAUUUGUCACUUCGAGUCAAGCACAGCGAAAAUGGUACUCAAAAGUCAUUACCAAAAUCUCGUAUGGUGGCUACAAGCUUGGUGCCAAUUCUGCAAACAUUCUUGUUCAAGAUCGAAUCACUGGUCAAAUCAAUGAAGAGCGUAUGAGUGUUUACGUGAGAUUGGGUAUUCGAUUGCUAUAUAAAGGACUAAAAUCUAGAGAUAUGGAGAAGAAGAGAAUUCGAAAACUCUUGAGGGGGUUGAGUUUCAAGCAGGGUGUUAAAUAUGACGAUCCUGCUUCUAAGGAUGAGAUUGAGAAGUUUAUCGCAUUUCAUCAACUUGAUAUGAGUGAGGUUCUGUUGCCGUUGAACCAGUUUAAGAGUUUCAAUGAGUUCUUUUACAGAGCUUUGAAGCCAGGAGCUAGACCCUGUUCAGCACCUGAUAAUCCACGAAUCAUUGUCUCGCCAGCGGACUGCCGGUCAGUUGUUUUCAACAGAAUGGACGAAGCAACCAAGAUUUGGGUCAAGGGUAGAGAAUUCUCCAUCGAAAGACUGCUUGGAAAUGCUUACCCGGAAGAUGCGAAGCGAUACAAGAACGGUGCUCUGGGUAUCUUCCGUCUCGCACCUCAAGAUUACCAUCGCUUCCAUAUCCCAGUGGACGGUGUGAUGGGAGAACCAAAACCAAUCGAUGGCGAAUAUUACACUGUGAACCCGAUGGCUAUUCGAUCGGCACUGGAUGUUUAUGGUGAGAAUAUCAGAGUCGUCGUUCCAAUUGACUCCGUCGCUCACGGUCGAGUCAUGGUCAUCUGUGUUGGUGCUAUGAUGGUCGGAAGUACAGUCAUCACUCGAAAGGCUGGCGAACACGUCAAGAGAGCUGAGGAACUCGGAUACUUUAAGUUCGGCGGUAGUACCAUCCUGUGUCUCUUCGAAGAGGGGGUCAUGAAGUUCGAUGACGAUCUUGCUGACAACUCUAUUACCGCGCUGGAGACUUUGAUUCGUGUCGGUAUGUCGAUUGGACAUUCUCCUUCGCAGGAACAACAUACGCCUGAUAUGCGCAAGAAUGAUGCGGAUAUUUCGGAGAGUGAAAGGGCUGAAGCGAAAAGGAGGAUUGAGGGCAGUAUUUCGGGUCCGCCGGUUAGUGCGCCGACGGCUAGUAUGGCUGGAUAG